AUGACGACAUCUUCAGAAACACAGACAGUACAGAAGACACCCUCUGAAGAUAUGUCAGCAGCUCUUUGCUGUUUCUACACAGGACUUAGCCUCGAUGGCUUCUGGAAGCUCGUGACGACAGUGAGUCUGGCUGCCCAGACUACCAUCACAAUGAAUGUGGGUGAUCAAGUAUUGUUGACCCUAAUGAGGCUACGGCUCGGGUUGUUGUACUUUGACCUGGCAAUACGGUUUGGCAUCUCACUUGCCCAAGCAGGAAAAAUAUUCCGAGAAAUGCUUGGUAUUCUAAGUGGCAUAAUGAGGAAAGUUGUAGUGUGGCUACCAUUAGAGACAAUUCUUGCAACUACGCCGUCACAGUUUACGUCUAGUGGAUAUGGCAACACCAGCUGCAUCAUCGACUGCACAGAGGUUCCAAUGCAACGGCCCAAGAGGAUUUAUUCGAGAGGGCAAACCUACAGCCACUAUAACAGCUGCAACACCAUGAAGUUUUUGGUGGCCAUCGCACCAAAUGGAUUUAUCAUGUUCGUCUCACAUGCAUAUGGUGGGCGUGCUUCCGACAAGUUCAUUGUAGAAGAUUCCGGGUUUGCAAACUACUUAUACCAGGAUCAGGAAGUCAUGGCCGACAGGGGAUUUGCUCUAAAUAACUCAAUGAAAGAAAAGGGAGUCAAGCUGAAUAUUCCAGCUUUUUCAAGAGGCAAGAGCCAGUUUUCUGAGGCAGAAGCGACAGUGUCCAGGAGAAUUUCUAGACUGAGAAUCCAUGUUGAGCGUGCGAUCAAUCGCAUCAAAGUAUACAGGAUCCUGAAGGGUGCACUUCCAAUCACUCACAAGAAGUUAAUGAACAAUAUAGUUGCAGGCCUGUGCAGGCCUGUGGACCCUUGA